UGGUGAUGAUGGCUUUGGGGAAGAUAUCUCAAUAGAACCUACUCAUCCAUUGGAAAGCGUGAUACAAGCAUUACCUAUAGCAGCCUCGGCCCCUUUCGGUAUAUCGGAUGGUCCAUUCCAAUUCACUCUGUUGGAUCCGAAUGUCUUGGCAGAAAAUAAAGAACAUGUACAUGAUUUUGAUCGUGGUAUGCAACAUGCACUUUGGUACUUGAAAAAAGCAGCCAAUCGAUAUGUGGAAGAUGGCAGGAUCUUGACGGUGGUGGCGCCCCAUAAACCCGAAAAGGAUGUGCAUAACUAUGUUUCAUUGGCUCGUUAUUUUUGGCCAGAUCCUUCCAAACCUCAAGGCUUACCUUAUAUGCGUAUCGAUGGUAAAGUCAAUCCUGAAAUCAAUACUGCCCCCGACUAUAAAGUUUUUCGAGAAAUGGCAAAGCAAGUUCAGUAUUUAUCUUUAGCUUAUUUCUUUUUUGAUGAUGAAAAAUAUGCUGAGAAGGCUAUUCAACGUAUUCGACAAUGGUUUAUUGAUCCUGCCACCAGAAUGAAUCCUCAUCUUCAUUAUGCAUCUUUGAUUCGUGGACAUGAUCAGGGACGUGCCAAAGGUAUCAUUGACUUUAGUCCUCUUCCUGACGUCUUGGACAGCAUUGUCCUUUUACAACCAAGUACAUCCUGGAAACAAGGUAUGAGUGCAGACUUACGACAUUGGUUUACUCAAUAUUUGAAUUGGCUUACAACAAGUCCCAAUGGUAAAGAAGAAAGUGAAGCACAUAACAACCAUGGCACGUAUUAUGAUGUACAAAGAAUAGCAUUACAUGUAUUUUUGAAUGAAACUGAAACUGCACAAAAAGCCAGUAAGGAAGCAGCAGACAAACGAAUCAUCCGUCAACUACGUGCAGAUGGAGAACAAUUCCAAGAAACGGCACGACCUUUUAGUUGGUUUUACAGUAUCUACAACCUUCGAGGACUUUUCCAAAUCAGUCAUAUGGCCCAUCAUGUAGGUGUGGAUUUGUUUUCCUAUACUUCUCCAGAUCAAAAAAGUAUACGGCGUGCUCUAGAUUACCUUUUGCCUGCUGCCAUCGAUGAAUCUAAAUGGAAAUUUAACAAUACUGGUGGGUUUGAUGGUUCCAAAUAUCUGGUCCGACUCUUGGAAGAAGCUUAUGCUGUGUAUCAAGAUCAAGAUUAUCUCAAUGUCAGAUUAUCGAUUGCUGAUCGUUAUGCUCCUCGUUACAAUAUCUCUCGUUUGACUUCUCCUUGGCAGUAUUCUAGGAUGGAUGCUGAUAACUCUACUCUUCGCUUCAAUGAUAACACAUCCACCGCCACUUUCUCUUCUCCUACUUGGUUCUUAUCUUCUUCUCUUUGGAUAAUUUUAACUACUUUUUUAUUUAUACUCUUCCAAUUAUUAUGAUUAUUCUUUUUAGUAAAACCCCCCCCCCUUUUAUUUACUUUAUUCACUAUUUACAUUUAUAAUAAUAAUAAAAAGAACAAGCCAAUUGGAUUAUAUUUUUUUUAAAGUCCCCGCGUCAGCUACUUUUUUUUUUCCUUACCUUUUCUU